CCAUAUAAAAAUGACGUCACACCCCGGCGGGUUCCGGCGGGAAGGCGCGGGAAAGGGGUCGCAGUCGGCUGUCCCGUUUAGGGUUCGGCGAGCAGCCGCGGGACCCGGGAAUCGAAGACGCGGGGGGCAAGGGGGCGGCUUUUGCUUUCGAUCAUUCCAGAAGUCUUCGCUUGGAAGACAUGGCGCAGUCGGUGGUGGUGCAGGUGGGACAGUGUGGAAAUCAGAUUGGUUGCCGCUUCUGGGACCUGGCAUUGCGGGAGCAUGCUGCUGUCAACAAGAAAGGGAUUUAUGACGAAGCCCUGAGCAGCUUUUUCAGGAAUGUGGACACUCAGCCAGGGACUGGUGAAGAAGUGGACAUCCCUGUAGAUAGUCGGUCCACGAUUCGUUCUCUCAAGGCACGCGCGGUGCUCAUAGACAUGGAGGAGGGCGUGGUGAAUGAACUCUUGCAGGGACCACUCAGGGACGUGUUCGACCAGAAGCAGCUCAUUACGGACGUCUCCGGCUCUGGAAACAACUGGGCUGUAGGGAACAAGGUGUAUGGGGCACAGUUCAGAGAGAAGAUUUUAGAAAGGCUGAGAGUAACGGCAGAACACUGUGACUCCCUGCAGUGCUUUUUUCUCAUCCACUCCAUGGGAGGGGGCACCGGCUCGGGGCUGGGCACAUUUGUUCUGCGGCUUCUGGAGGAUGAAUUCCCGGACGUGCACCGCUUUGUGAUGGCGCUGUAUCCCUCGGCCGAGGAUGACGUCGUCACCUCGCCUUACAACUCCGUGCUGGCCAUGCGCGAGCUGACGGAGCACGCCGAUUGCGUGCUGCCCAUUGAGAACCAGGCGCUGGUGGACAUAGUAAACAAGAUCAAUCACGCAGCAGCCCUUGGUAAAUCAGUCCGCAGCCAGACAACGCUGUCCUCCAGCCACGGGUGCCUCAAGGGUCAAGAGAAGCCGUUCGACACCAUGAACAACAUCGUGGCCAACCUGAUGCUGAACAUGACGAGCUCGUCUCGGUUUGAAGGCUCACUGAAUGUUGAUCUCAACGAGAUCACCAUGAACCUUGUGCCCUUCCCACGCCUACAUUACCUUGUAUCAAGCCUCACGCCGCUCUAUGCAUUGGCAGAUGUCGCCUUGCCACCCAGGAGGCUGGACCAGAUGUUCUCCGACGCAUUCAGCAAAGAGAACCAGCUGCUCCGCGUUGACCCUCGCCGCAGCUUGUACCUGGCCUGUGCCCUCAUGGUACGAGGAAAUGUGCAGCUCUCAGACGUUCGUCGCAACAUUGAGAGGUUGAAGCCAUCACUGCACUUUGUCGACUGGAACGAGGAGGGCUGGAAGACGGGACUGUGCUCGGUUCCUCCUGUUGGCUACCCGCACUCCCUGCUGGCGCUCGCCAACAACACUUGCGUCAAGCAUACCUUCGCCGAUAUCCAGGAGCGCUUCGCACGUCUCUACAGGCGCAAGGCACACCUGCACCACUACACGGAUGUGGAGGGCAUGGAGCUGAGCUGUUUCACGGAAGCUGCUUCUUCGCUAGCCUCGGUCAUUGAGGAAUACAACCAGCUGGACCGCAACAAGGGCCAGUUGACCGGGGACAUCCCACGCCUCACCAUUGCCACAUGACCUGGGCUGUAUCAAGUGAGCUCAUGUGGAAGUGGCAUUGUCCAAAGCUCAAAAGUUAGAUCGUAAUGUACGUUUUUUACAUGUAUAACAUUUGGCUUGGAUGCUAAUCGUUUUACUUGCAACUGUCGAGUAAUAACUCCACUCUUGACAAAUUGUCAACCUUGUUGUCCUCUUACAUCCUGGGUGUAGUCGGUAUCCGUAUUCAUUUUCAAGGUGGUAAAUAAGUACCAUAGUAAACCUUGUUGUACCACCUUACCAGUGAUAAACAACUACAGAUAGACAGAAAGGAUAGACAAUACAAAUGCAUGAAAUAGGACAAAUGCUUGUAUAUAUUAUUUUUUGAUAAAAACAUGAUUUAAAUUAUUAAACCAAAGCCAUGAGGUGCUGUGACAUUUUAAAAUGUAUUUUAGAAAUGACAAUGAAGCAGCUAUCAUGUAUAAUACAAUGUAAGAUUAUUUUGAAAAAAUAUUUACAAUUUUUUUGCAAAGCAAAAUAUAUCUCUUAAUUUGCCUUUAACUAACAUUCUUCCUUGAAGACUAACAUGGUUUGCACUUGAAGAAAAACGGAUAACAAAUUAUUAGAUUGUGUCUUCUCCGGUUUAAAUCAUGUGCAUCUCUUCCUGAAUCUUCACACAGAUUCUAUAAGGAAAUAGAGGCAAGUGCAAACAUUCGCUACAUAAAAUAUGUUAAAGCACCAGUUGUUUAAUAAACAUCUAAAUAAAAAA